AUGAAUCGACACACUCACGCCCUCAUUGUUGGUGCUGGCUUCUCUGGCCUGGCAUCAGCCAUCAAGCUCCAGACCGACUGGAACACCACCGACUACCAAAUCUACGACCGAGAUUCCGAGUUUGGCGGCACUUGGCAACAAAACACUUAUCCUGGAGCUGCGUCCGACAUUCCUGCACUGUGGUACUGUCUCGCUAGCGAUCCCAAGGUCGACUGGAAAGAGCCCUACCCUUCUCAGGAAGAGCUGAGACAGUACAUCAAGGACGUGGCAGAGAAAUACAACCUACGAAAGCGAGCUACUUUUGGAGCUGAGAUCGAGAAGGUGGAGUGGCUGGCCGACCAGCAAAUGUGGAAGGCAUCCAUCAAGGACGUGGCCACCGGUAACAAGUAUACCCACACCUCGCGGGUGGUUUUUAUGGGCAAGGGCUGUCUUGUUGUUCCCAACAAGUUCAAGACUGCCGGAAUUGAGGAUUUCAAGGGGCCUAUCAUGCAUACCGCCCAAUGGGACCACUCUGUCGACUACAAGGGCAAGAACGUGGUUGUGAUUGGCAACGGCUGCUCUGCUGUCCAGGUGUGUGCUGCUAUUGCACCCGAGGUAGGUUCUCUGACCCAGUUUGCACGAACUCCUCAGUGGAUGGUGCCCCGACCUGAAUGGAAGUGGCUCAAGACGAUGGGUGAAACCUUCCCCUUCAUGCUUGGAUUUGUGCGAUUUCUUAUGUUCCUGACACUCGAGGCCAACUUUUCGCUCUUCCGAGGUGGCUGGUAUGCGCGAGCCGACCGAGCUGUCCGAACCUGGGUCAGCACCAUGCUCCUCAAGUGGCACUUGCCCAAGAAGUACCACGAGAACUCCAUCCCCAAAUACGAGCUUGGCUGUAAGAGAAUCAUCUAUGAUUGUGGAUACUGGAAAGCCCUCCACCAGAAGAAUGUUGAACUGACUUACGAUCCCAUUGUUAGAAUGACCAGCAAUAGUGUUAUCACCAAGAGUGGCCAGGAGUGGCCAGCCGAUAUUGUCAUUGAUGCUACUGGAUUUAAUGUCGCCGCUUCCAUGGGAGGUCUGGAGAUUGUGGGCGAGACUGGCGAGAACCUGGUGGACUUCUGGAACGGCAAGGUCUCCGCUUACGAGACAGUUAUGGUCGCCAACUACCCCAACAUGUUCUUCCUAUUUGGCCCCAACGCCACCACUGGCCACAACUCUGUCAUUUUCGCAAUUGAGAACGCUCUCAAGUGGAUCGAGAAUGUCGCUUCUGAUCUCGUCACCGGAUCUGCCACCUACGUCACAGUCAAGAACGAGGCCUACGACUCUUGGACCCAGAAGGUGCACGAGGCUUCCAAAAAGAUGGCUUUCUCCACUGGAGGAUGUGUUUCCUGGUAUAUGAGUGCCUCUGGAGCUGGACACAACGGUGUUACCUACCCCUGGACUCAGUUUACUGCUUGGUGGAGAGCCCGAUUCCCCGUCAAGAGCGAUAUGAUUGUCAAAUCCAAGAAGGACGAGUAA